GGUAAGUGCUUUAAUUAUCUAUAAAUUCUGAUAUGCUUUGCGAAAUCUACGCGGUUUAACGUCUAAAUAGGAAAUACGAAAUUGUGCGUCGUUAGCUUCCACCAUUUUGAAAGAUGCCACAAACAUCAUUGAUAAUAUUAUUGCGUUUUAACUUACCUUGUGGAUUAAAAAUACGUUUCUAAUUGCAUAUUUAUGUGUCAGUUACCGAAAUAAGUAAUAAUAACCUUAAAUUUAAAACCAUUUACCGUUAAGAGUGAAAUACGUUCGGUUGCGACGCCCCAAGUCGGCCAUGAUGCUGCUAGAUGACUGUUAAUUAUUCACCUUGAAUUUUGCGUUUAUUCCCUUGACAAUAACAACGAACAAUCAAUUUUUAAUCUUUCGGAAAACUUCAUCAAAAUUUUUGUUUAAUUUUACGCAUAAGCCAAGACCUCAAACCAUUACUUAUACUCAAAAAAAAAAAAAACGGGAAAAAAAUAUUUUACUGCCACAUCUGAUACUGAAACUUCAAGAUGCAGAUCUUUGUGAAAACCUUGACUGGCAAAACCAUCACUCUGGAAGUGGAGGCCUCAGACACCAUUGAAAAUGUCAAAGCUAAAAUCCAGGACAAAGAGGGAAUUCCUCCAGAUCAGCAGCGUCUUAUCUUUGCUGGUAAACAAUUAGAAGAUGGACGUACUCUUUCUGACUACAAUAUUCAGAAGGAGUCAACUCUUCACUUGGUCCUGCGUCUAAGAGGAGGAAUGCAAAUCUUUGUCAAGACUUUGACUGGAAAGACCAUCACCUUGGAGGUCGAAGCUUCAGACACAAUUGAAAAUGUCAAGGCCAAAAUCCAGGACAAAGAGGGUAUCCCUCCAGACCAGCAGCGUCUGAUUUUUGCUGGCAAGCAGCUUGAAGAUGGACGUACUCUUUCUGACUACAAUAUUCAGAAGGAGUCAACUCUUCACUUGGUCCUGCGUCUAAGAGGAGGAAUGCAAAUCUUUGUCAAGACUUUGACUGGAAAGACCAUCACCUUGGAGGUCGAAGCUUCAGAUACAAUUGAAAAUGUCAAGGCCAAAAUCCAGGACAAAGAGGGUAUCCCUCCAGACCAGCAGCGUCUGAUUUUUGCUGGCAAGCAGCUUGAAGACGGAAGAACUCUUUCUGAUUACAACAUUCAGAAAGAAUCAACGCUCCAUCUUGUUCUCCGACUUCGUGGAGGCAUGCAAAUUUUUGUAAAGACUCUGACUGGUAAAACCAUCACUCUGGAGGUUGAAGCAUCAGAUACCAUUGAAAAUGUUAAAGCCAAAAUCCAAGACAAAGAAGGUAUCCCACCAGAUCAACAGCGUCUGAUUUUCGCAGGAAAGCAACUGGAAGAUGGAAGAACACUAUCAGAUUACAAUAUCCAAAAAGAAUCAACUCUCCAUCUUGUUCUUCGUCUUCGAGGAGGCAUGCAAAUUUUUGUCAAAACUUUGACUGGAAAGACCAUUACUUUGGAAGUAGAGGCUUCUGAUACUAUCGAAAAUGUCAAAGCCAAGAUUCAAGACAAAGAAGGCAUCCCUCCUGACCAACAACGUCUCAUAUUUGCUGGUAAACAACUGGAAGAUGGCAGAACCCUGUCUGAUUACAACAUCCAAAAAGAAUCAACACUCCAUCUUGUUCUUCGUCUUCGAGGUGGAAUGCAAAUUUUCGUCAAAACUCUGACUGGUAAGACCAUUACUCUGGAAGUAGAGGCCUCCGACACCAUUGAAAAUGUUAAAGCCAAAAUUCAGGACAAAGAAGGAAUUCCUCCAGACCAGCAGCGUCUUAUCUUUGCUGGUAAACAAUUAGAAGACGGGCGUACACUUUCUGACUACAACAUUCAGAAGGAGUCAACUCUUCAUCUCGUUCUCCGUCUUCGAGGUGGAAUGCAGAUUUUUGUCAAAACCUUAACUGGUAAAACCAUAACCUUAGAAGUCGAAGCUUCCGACACUAUCGAAAACGUCAAGGCUAAAAUUCAGGAUAAGGAAGGCAUCCCACCAGACCAGCAGCGUCUCAUCUUUGCCGGUAAACAGCUGGAGGAUGGAAGGACCCUUUCAGACUACAACAUUCAAAAAGAGUCCACGCUCCAUCUGGUACUUCGUCUGAGAGGAGGCAUGCAGAUUUUCGUCAAAACCUUAACCGGUAAAACCAUCACCUUAGAAGUUGAAGCUUCCGACACUAUCGAAAACGUCAAGGCUAAAAUUCAGGAUAAGGAAGGCAUCCCACCAGACCAGCAGCGUCUCAUCUUUGCCGGUAAACAGCUGGAGGAUGGAAGGACCCUUUCAGACUACAACAUUCAAAAAGAGUCCACGCUUCAUCUGGUCUUGCGUCUUCGCGGAGGAAUGGCUUAAGUCGAAACACCAAUCACCAGUAGUAAAUCGAUAGUACUGAUAGCAUUAAGAUUAUUUUUUAUUUUGAUUUAUGCUGGUGUUUUUUAUUAGACUGAUUUGCAAUUGAAAAAGUAUUGGAAUUAUUCAUUAACAUUCACAACUAAGUUCUUCAGCUUUUAUAAGUCUUGGCUUUAAAAACUUCAAACAAAAUAAAUGUAACUUAUAAUCUACAAUAAAUAAAUGUUGUGAACCAUAAA